CCUACAUUCGCUCCCCUGGAGUUCUGUUUCAAAAUGGCAUCAAUUAGAAUGGGACUGUGUGAUGCGUACUAGCUGGAGUUACCUCAACAACUGAGAAAUUGUUAUCACAUCUGAAACUUUAUGUACUAAACUAAUUGACUAUUGGAUUUGUUUCCCUAUUAAGCAUUUAUGAUAGUUACUGAGGAAGAUUGUUAUAAGCGAAAUUACGUACGCAUCUGAAUGAAGAUGGUUUUGAAAUUGCAUUUGAAAUAUUUUUUUUUCAUUCUCUAAUAUUUUUACAGUUUUGUAUCAAUGGUGAGGAAAAGGCAGAACACGCAUCGGACUUUGAAUGAGCGCAACUCCGCAUCGAUUUUGUUUGGGAAGGUACUUAACUUUGAGAAACUGAUUUGAUCUAUUCAUAUUCUUAGGUUCUGGACCUUUUAGCCUUUAAUUAAUUUAACUGCAACUACCUUUUAUUGCGAGAUAGUUGAGUAUACAUUUUGGGGAUUCUACCUUUUGAACAUUUUUUCUUUCGUGUUUAGUUAUUUUCGUUUUAAAUACUAGUUUUGCCACGGUGGAUACCAUGCUACCGAAUGUGCAUGAGAAGUGGACGGCAUAUCACUGGGGAAUAUGGGUUCUGAUGUGCGGAUUGCUGUGCGCUGCCGUGGUGAAUGGAUGUCCUCACAAAUGCAGUUGCUCUGGAUCUCAUGUGGAUUGCCAGGGUCAAGGCUUCAGGACCGUGCCAAAAGGAAUACCUAGGAACGCAGAACGUUUGGAUUUGGACAGGAAUAACAUCACCAGGAUCUCUAAAGUGGACUUCUCUGGCAUCAAGAAUCUGCGAGUUCUGCACCUAGAGGACAACCAGAUCACCUUGAUUGAGAGGGGGGCGUUCCAGGACCUCAAACAGCUGGAGAGACUGCGUCUGAACCGGAACAAGCUGCAGGUUCUCCCAGAGCUGCUGUUCCAGUCCACCCCCAAGCUGGGCCGUCUAGAUCUCAGUGAGAACCAGAUCCAGGCAGUUCCUCGUAAGGCUUUCCGUGGGAUCACAACUGUCAAAAACCUGCAACUGGACAGCAACCACAUAAGCUGCAUCGAAGAUGGAGCCUUCCGAGCCCUCCGUGAUCUGGAGAUACUCACCCUCAACAACAACAACAUCACCCUCAUCCCUCUGUCUAGCUUCAACCACAUGCCCAAGCUGCGGACUCUACGUCUACAUUCUAACAAUCUGCACUGCGACUGCCACCUGUCCUGGCUGUCUGACUGGCUGCGGCAGAGGCGUGGCCUGGCCCCCUUCACCCAGUGCAUGGCGCCUGCCAACAUGAGGGGCCUCAACAUCCCUGACGUACAGAAGAAAGACUUCACCUGUACAGGCCCAGCUCAGGCGAAGCCUCAUACCUGUAUUCCCCAAGCAUCAGUGUGCCCGGCCUCUUGCACCUGCAACAACAACAUUGUGGACUGUCGCCGCAAGGGCCUGACGGAGAUCCCUGCCAACCUACCAGAGGGCAUCGUAGAGAUUCGUCUAGAACAGAACCUAAUCAAGAACAUCCCUGCUGGAGCCUUCUCUCCAUACAAGAAACUCAAAAGGAUUGACCUGAGCAAGAAUCAAGUCUCUGAAAUUGCUGCUGACGCCUUCACUGGUUUACGCUCCCUGACUUCACUGGUCCUGUACGGGAACAAGAUAGCUGAGAUUCCUAAGGGAUUGUUUGAUGGGCUUGUCUCUCUGCAGCUGCUUCUACUGAACGCUAACAAGAUCAACUGUCUGAGGGUGAACACCUUCCAGGACCUGCAGAGCCUCAGCCUGCUGUCUCUGUAUGACAACAAGCUGCAGACAAUCAGUAAGGGCCUGUUCGCCCCGCUCCGCUCCAUCAAGACCCUCCACCUGGCUCAGAACCCCUUCAUGUGUGACUGCCAUCUGAAGUGGCUGGCUGACUACCUGUUUGACAACCCCAUUGAGACCAGCGGAGCCCGCUGUAGCCACCCACGUCGCCUGGCCAACAAACGCAUCAGCCAGGUCAAGGGCAAGAAGUUCCGCUGCACAGGUACAGAGGACUACCGUAGCAGACUGAGUGGAGAGUGUUUCCAGGACCUGGUGUGUCCAGAGAAGUGUCGCUGUGAGGGCACUGUGGUGGACUGCUCCAACCUCAAACUGACCAAACUGCCCCCACACCUCCCCGAGCACACCACAGACCUGCGCCUGAAUGACAAUGAAAUGUCCAUCCUGGAGGCUGUGGGGACCUUUAAGAAGCUCCCCAACCUGAGGAAGAUUAACCUUAGCAACAACAAGCUGCGGGACAUACGCGAGGGGGCCUUCGACGGAGCCGUGGGGGUCUUGGAGUUGCUUCUGACGGGCAACAAGCUGCAGGUGCUGCAGGGACGAAUGUUCAGAGGGCUGACCGGACUAAAGACACUGAUGCUGAGGAGUAACCAGCUAGGCUGUGUGGACAACACCACCUUCACAGGCCUGAGCUCCGUACGCCUGCUGUCUCUCUAUGACAACCGGAUCUCCACCAUCACCCCAGGA